AUGCUCAUCAACCUGACAGUGGCCUUCAAGGAUACUCUUGCCUUUCAUGGAACAGUGCCUGCCCACCCGGCUGCUGCCCCUGACGCUGUGGAAGUGACGGCCAUGGAGUCACGUCCGGUGCUGGUCACCCCUCCGACGCCUUCCCUAGCACCUCCACCACCUCCGCCGCCACCUCCUCCUCCCCCACCUCCGCCUGCUUCCUUCUCCUCCUCACCUUUCAGCAGGGCGGACAGUGUCUGUCGGAGCCGGUUGCGGAAGCUGAACUGGGAGCGUAUCCCCAUAGAGAAGGUGGAGGGGAGGAAGAGUGUGUGGAAUGGGGCGGCCCCGGGCGAGGACGAGUUCCCCAUCGACCUCCACUCUCUGGAUGAGCUGUUUGGUCAGAAGGACAGUAAGCCUCGGGACAGGACCAGCACCCUGAGGCGCCGCUCCUCUCUGCUUCGCUGCAGAUCACCUCAGGACAGUUUGGAAGAGAUCUCCCUGUUGGACUCCAAACGCAGUAUGAACAUCGGAAUAUUUCUCCGCCAGUUCAAGAUGCCUGCUAAAGAGAUAGUUGAGGAUAUCAGGCAUGGUGCUGGGGACCGUUACGGAGCGGAGAAGCUCGCAGAGCUUUGCAAAUUGCUCCCCGACAGCGAGGAGGAGUCCCGCCUGAGGAGGUUCAGUGGGGAGCGGAGCUGGCUUGGAGAGCCGGAUCUUUUAAUGUUGCUGCUAGUGGAAGUCCCCAGCUUUCGGCUUCGACUGGAUGCCAUGAUCCUGCAACAAGAGUUUGACCCUGCUGUGACCUCUCUGUGUGUGGCAGCCAGAUGUCUGAGGGAGGCGGCCAGAGAACUGCUGAGCUGUCCAGAAUUACACUCCAUCCUUCGUUUGGUGCUGAAAGCUGGGAACUAUAUGAACGCUGGUGGAUACUCGGGGAAUGCCGCUGGGUUCCGAAUCUCAUCGCUGCUCAAACUGGCCGACACCAAAGCCAACAAGCCUGGCAUGAAUCUGCUGCAUUUUGUAGCCAUGGAAGCUGUGAAAAAGGACCAGAGUUUACUGUCGUUUCCCAGCCAACUAGGCCAUGUUGGCUCCGCCUCCAGGCUUUCUGAGGAGUCUGUGCUGGAGGAUUUAUCAAAGCUAAAAAGCAGGGUGGUUGCCCUCAAGGCAAACAUCCAGACGGAAACGGAGAUUCAGCAGCUCACACAACCUUACCUGGAGGUAGCUGAGGAACGUCUGAAGGAAGCCGAGGAUGAAGUGGAGGGUAUGAGGAUGUCGAGUCAGGCUCUGGUGGAGUUCUUCUGUGAGGACGACAGCACUUUCAAACUUGAGGAGGCCUGCCGGGUCUUCCACUUGUUUUGUUACCGCUUCCAAAGAGCUGUCCAGGAGAAUGCAGAGCGAGAGCUGAAGGAACAGAAACGUCUAGAGCGUCAGCGCGAGAUGGGGGAGAAGGAGAAACGUCGGUCAGUGGCUAUUUGUACGGGGCUGGACCUCGGCCCGAGUCUUGUCAGGGAGCCACAUGGUCAGGAGAACCAAGACGAGCUGGAGAAACUCUUAGAGAAGAACCUGAGCCACACUUGGAGUCGUCGUAGCCUGAGAAGCUCUGACUCCCGGAGACAUUCACACCACCCGCACAGUGACACCCACCUCUGUAGCACAUCCAUACUAAAGAGCUUCCCUGAGUUGGGCAGCAGCCCGACCAGUUGUCACUCAAACUGCUCCUCUGAUCACGAGAGCACCAUACUACUUUGUAGCUCACCAGAGACUGACGGGAUAUGUUCCCCCACUGGCCGUGAGUCGGUACCGACCAGAGGGAGCAGGGUUCAGCCCAGUCCAACCACUAGUCGGAGCAUGGAAGUAGUUAAGGAUUCGCCUGUUGCUACAUUUAGUCAUUCUCAGCAUGGACGUAGCUUCAGAGUCAAACAAGGGUCUGAGAGAAUUUCCUUUGUGCUACCAGGACAACCGAAGGAAGCAGGACUUGAAAAAGAAGCAGAGUUUUCACAUGAACACAUGCCUUCCAUGAACAUUGAAUCUUCACACAAUUCCUGUACUAUUCCUGCUGCUAUAAACACUGAUACACCUGCCCUGUGUGUUAAAACCUCUCCUCAUAGUCAAAGGUUUGGCCCGCCUCUAACGGACAAUAAUCCCUCUCUCCAGAGUAAACCUAAUGCCCCUUCAGUCACUGAGCCUGUUCCCCAGUCUGUUCGUACGAGUGGAGUACUUUCCCAUAGUGACGCCCGGCCUCGCCUGUUGAGGUACCAGAGAUCUGAGAGCCAAUCACCAUCGCAAACAUCUGUAAAUAGUCCCGAUAAAGCCCAGUCACAAUCGCAGAUGAGAGAGACGCAUGCUGUGUUGUCUUUGCCCGACGCUGGAUUAACUGAGCAGACGGAUACAGAAGUGGCGCCAACACCUGUGGGAGAAAGCUGGAUGCCCCCCAGUUUACCGGAGUUCAGCCCGUCGCAGCCAGUGGAGUGCUCUGACCUGCCCAGCCCCGAGAGGUCGUACUCCCGUGUCGGUGAAACGCUGGAGUGCCACACUUUGGUGAAAGGCCUCCGAUCCUAUGACGCCUUUUCAGCCCCAACCUCUCCACUCCCACGACCUGCGCCAAGCCUCUGCUCCAAGUGGCGGAAAGAGAGGAAGGUUGACCUUCCAGAGGGGACAACUCCAGGGUCUCCUUCAUCACAUGGGAGUCACACCAUGAAGGUCCCUGUGCGCAGCGGAAUAGGAUCCAAAAGGGGACUUGUGUCACGGCCAGGACUUUCCAGCAACACAGGCAUUCCCAGGGUACGCUCUAAAACUGAGUCUCCAAAUGGUUCCCCAGCCACUACAAACCCCUCCAGUCCCAGCCGGCUGUCUAAUCCUCGCAGUGUAUCAAUGCGCUCAUCUCCCAUCACUCGGCCUGCCACCGCUCAGGGAGAGGCGAAACGAAGCAAUAGCACUCGAGAGAGGACUGUAAGUGAAUCACAGACUCCAGUAAAGCCCACCCUGACCCGUAGGGCCUCGGACAGAUCCGUUUUAGAGAAGGUGUCAAGCAGCACCCAGCAGGCUUUCGUCCGAGGGUCUCCUCUGCGUGUGUCCAAACGACUUGCCCCACACUCUGAGACUCAGGUUUCCUCCCAGCCUCACACUGCUCACAGUCCAUCCUCCACCACGGCCAAGACCAUACGCACGGCAGUCAUAUCUGCAGCCCGCAAUAAAACUGCCAAGACCACAAGCACAAGCUCGUCCCCCACUAGCUCCAAAAUCCCUGCAGCUUCUCGGCUGCCUGGUCCCAAAAUGGCUCGAGCUGCUGCAGCUCCGGCACUCUGGAGGUGACGGAAAUGAAAAAGUGCCUACACUGUGCUUUCUUCAGGAUUUUUUAUGUAUUUCAGUCUUAAUAUAUUCAGCGUGGGCAGACAUGAAUGAUGUAAGUCAACUGGUCUCAAUCAGCUCUCUCAUCAACUUAAGUUCAUCUAAAGUCAACUUUCUGACAUUUGUGUGUAGCUGUAAGUGCGUAGGUUCACAAAUGUGACACAGAGCUGCACUGGGAGCAGCUGGGAUCCUGUCUCAUGUAUUUCACCCACUGUUAGAAAAGCAGAAAUAGAUUCUUAAAAUCCUACCUCUUUUUACAUCGGAUUGUGUCCUAUGCAGGCAAUAGGACACUACAAAGAGACCUAUCGAACAGUUUAACACAGUAAAUUCCAUGUUAGUAAAAAAGAUUCAACCAAGUGAAAACACUGUGUUGUUGGAGCUUGCUUUGUAAGAGCUAUGAUAUGGGGAACUGUUUCAAUCACUCUGGCGCAGAUUAAAAAAAAAUAUAUAUUUUGUUUUAGGAGUUAUCCAAAUUUUUUGAAUACUGUGACCCUUCUGCAAAGUGAUCACUGCGUUCUCACACAUGACUGUCUCACAGUCCAAACUUAAUUUGGUACUAUCGAACUGUUCAUCCUCUUGUAGAGAGGCCUCAUCAGUCUGAUGCACUUUACAACCUGAAGAA